UCACUUUCAAUACUACUGUAUGUAUUAAGGAACACAGUGGGCCUGAAAUACUCUUCUUCUUUUUUAAACACAUUCGAACACGCAACACUUCAUACCAAUGGCAGAACCUUCCAACUUCCUGGCAACUCAAAGGAUUGCAGUUGUGACUGGAGCCUACAGAGGAAUAGGACUAGAAAUAUGUAGACAGCUAGCUUCAAAGGGGAUAGUGGUGAUCUUAACAGCUAGAGAUGAGAAGAAAGGAGCAGAAGCUAUUGAUAUACUAAAGGAGUGUGGCCUCUCAAAUUAUGUUAUUUUUCAUAAACUUGAUGUGACUGACCCUUCUAGUGUUGCACAACUCAAAGAUUUCAUCAAGGCCAGAUUUAGCAAGCUUGAUAUCUUGGUGAAUAAUGCAGCAGUUCUUGGAUUGCUUAUGGAUGAAGAUGUUACAAUUACAAGUCCAGAACAAGACCUAUUCGUGGAGAAGAUAAACGUAGCAACUCAAACUUAUGAUGUAGCUGAAGAAUGUCUAAAAACAAACUACUAUGGGGCAAAACAGAUGAUUCAAGAGUUAUUACCUCUACUUCAAUUUUCUGAUUCACCUCGUAUUGUCAAUGUCUCCUCCAUUGCUGGAAAGUUGGAGUAUGUACGCAAUGAAUGGGCUGUAGGAGUGUUAAGUGAUGCUGAGAAUCUAACAGAAGAGAGAGUAGAUGAGGUUUUGAAUACUUUUCUGCAAGAUUUGAAGGAGGGUUUGUUGGAAAGUAAAAACUGGCCUCUGAUUUUACCUGCAUAUACACUAUCAAAAGCAGCAGUGAAUGCUUACACAAGAAUAUUGGCCAAGAAAUACCCAAGUUUUCUCAUCAACUGUGUUUGUCCAGGCUAUGUCAAAACUGAUAUGACUAUCAAUUGUGGCAAAUUGAGUGUUGAAGAGGGUGCUGAAAGUCCUGUUUGGCUUGCUCUUUUACCUGAGGGAGGUCCAUCAGGAAAAUACUUCAGUAGGAAAGAGGUGUCACCUUUCUAAUAAAAUUGGCAAUCUAAUGAGUUGCUUGGUGCGUAUGCACUAAUAUCAUACUGUAGAAAUGUAAUAAAAAAAUUAAUAAUCACUGGAUAGUGGAUUAUUUAGUGAAAUUGUAAUACAAAGAUUAGUAAUGGCUGGAUCAUUUGGUGCA